AUGGUGAUGUUAGCCAGUUACCUUGAGGUGAAUCUUCACGUGACUCAGAAGAAGUAUCAAGGUUUGGCUGGAAGAAGCACUAAUGAAGUAUUGCAGCUCUACUCUGCUCAUGGCCGGCAGCAGAAAUUGCAGAGGAGUUCUGUUGUAACCCAGCUGCACGGAGCAAUAAAGAGGCUUAAGCAAGACCUGAAGAGUCUCCGUUCAUUUGCUCUUGAGCUUUCAAAAGACUUCCAGCGCCAAAGCAAGAUUUAUCUUUACCAAGUUUUGACAGCAGUCCAAGGGAUACAGCUGCAAAAUGAAGCAAUGCAAAUGUUUCAGAUAAAAGCUUUUGAUCUUGAGCAGUCUCUACAAGAGGUGACAGAGAGAUAUGAGAAAGAAAAGCAAAAGAGGAGAGCUCUACAUAACAGCUUAGUUGAACUGAGAGGAAAUAUCAGAGUCCACUGCAGGAUCCGACCCUUACUACCUUUUGAUACUGCUGCUGGACAUUCAAUAUCACAAGACAGGCAAAGAAACUUGUCGGAAAAUGUGGCGUUUGCAGCCGAUGAUGAAACUGUCCUUGUAAAGUGUAGCCGUCCUGGCCAUGCAUCAAUAAACAAGACUUUUCAGUUUGAGAGAGUUUACAGUGCUUCAGAGUCUCAAGACACAGUGUUUGAGGAUGUGGCCCCUUUGCUAACAUCUCUCCUGGAUGGGUACAAUGUGUGCAUCAUGGCUUAUGGGCAGACUGGAAGUGGGAAGACAUACACAAUGUUGGGACCACAGUUAGAGGAGAACUCUGCAUUCUCCAUAGAAGAUGAAUCACAACUUGGAAUUAUUCCUCGAGCUACCGAAGAGCUGUUCAGGCUUAUUUCAGAAAAGCCACCAGGAAGUUACUGGGUUGAGGUUUCUGUUGUAGAAGUGUAUAAUAACGAAAUUUUUGAUCUUCUGGCCAAAGACGGUUGUGGAAAAGUAUCUGGCGUCAAACGUGAUGUUGUCACAACCAGAGAAGGAAAGAGCGAUGUUCCUUUGCUUACGUACGAGACUGUUGAAAAUCCAUCUGAAUUUUUGCAUCUAGUCAACAAAGGCCUACAGCUGAGAGUCAGGCACCCAACAUUGGUGCAUGCUCAUUCCUCUCGUUCUCAUCUGGUAGUUACGUUGACCAUAACCACAAUUGUCUGUGGAGAAAACUUUG